AUGGCUGCUCUAGGUGCCCUACCAGCCCCAUCCUCUUCUUCCUCCUCCGCUGCCUCUUCUUCAAAUUCUCAAGAAAAUUAUCAAGUAUUCUUGAGUUUCAGAGGCAUUGAUACCGGUAGGAAUUUUACCGAUCACCUCUACGAAUCAUUGAAGUGGUCAGGGAUUCGAGCAUUUAGAGAUGACGAAAGAAUUCAGAUUAAUCGAGAGAUUAUAAACGCAAUUGAGGAAUCAAAAGUGUCUUUAAUUGUUCUGUCAAAGGACUAUGCUUCUUCGAUCCGGUGUUUGGAUGAGCUAGUGAUGAUCAUGGAACAUAGAAGAAGUAACAGACAUACUGUAAUCCCCAUCUUUUAUGAUGUGGCGACAUCUGAAGUCGCUAAGCAGACUGGGAGUUUCGCUGUAGCAUUCCAUAGGCACCGACAACAAAUCACGAAAGAUAAAGUGGAGGAAUGGAAAGAAGCUCUCGCAGAAGUUACAGAAAUUGCUGGGAAGGUUUUAGAAAACGGGCAUCAGGCAGAAUUCAUAUGUGAUAUUGUUAAAAUGGUUAGCGAGAUACCGAACCGUAUAGUAUUGCUUGUGUCUGCGUUUUUAGUUGGAAUAGACUCUCGGCUACAAGGCAUUAAUUCAUGGCUCAAAGAUGAGUCCGUUGAUGUUGGCGUUGGAAUGAUCUGUGGGAUUGGUGGAGUUGGGAAGACAACUCUUGCCAAGAUUGCUUUUAAACUUCACUAUGAAAAGUUUGAUAGUUUCAGCUUUCUUGGAGAGGUAAGAAGAAAAGCAAAGCAAGAUAAUAAGGGUUUGGUCAAGUUGCAAAGGAAACUUCUUUCAGAUAUUCUUAAGGAAAAGGUGGAGGAGAUAUAUAAUAAAGAUGAAGGAACUGCCAUGAUCAGAAAAGCUAUAAAGCACAGAAGAGUUCUGGUAGUCCUUGAUGAUGUAGAUGACAAUGAGCUACUCGUUGCAUUUAUUGGGGAGUGGGAUAGUCUUCAUAGCAAAGGAAGUAAAAUCAUCAUAACAACCAGACAACAGUUGCUGUUGAGUCCUCAUGAAAUCUAUAAGGAGUUUAUUAUUGAGCCUCUAGAUGAGAAUGAAUCACUCCAGCUCUUCAGUUUGCAGGCAUUUGAACAAGAAUAUCCUACUUCAGUUGAUAUGGAGAACUCUAGGUAUGUAGUGGGUCAUUGCGAUGCGCUUCCAUUAGCUCUUGAAAUUCUAGGUUCUUCUCUAUCUGGCGAUUCUGGCUUGUCUAUGGAUGAAUUGAAUAGAAAAUUAGACGCAGCAGAAAAAAUUGAAGGUGAAGAAGAAUUGGAGAGAACUCUUAAAAUAAGCUAUAAAUCCCCGUGA